CACCGCAGCAAAAUGGCGGGUAUUGUGAAAAGAGACGUUGAAGAAGACUAUUUUGGUAAUAAUUCCAUUAAUACUAAAAGUGAAAUUCAUGCAGUUUUCCGAAAUGACCCUCUUAAGUUAUUAAGUUAUGUGCAUAAACGAGUCGAAGUUUAUACGUCAGACAAAAAGUGCCAUUUAGGAUGGGUUAAGACUAUAGAUCCCGUGUCAGAGAACAUUGUUCUAGUACAAUUUGAGGGUGACAUACCUUUGUCACUUACCAUGGUGAUGGGGCAUACUAUUGAGUCAAUAAAGAUAGUUAAUGAACAACCCAUUUUUAAAGCCAAGUUGGACAGGCUGUUUCUUCCCAAGACAAUGGAAGUUUCAACAGAAGAACUUCUGAGGCAGAAAAUGAAACUUAAGACUUGGCUGAACAAGAACCGGAUCCCAGUGGAGGAUACUAAUAAUAACUCUGGUGAACUUAGUGUUGCAAAUGCCCUUGUCAUUAAACCUCCAUAUGGUGUAGAGGAGUGCUUCAGCACCAAUGAAAUAAUUCUAGGAAAAAUCCAAGGACUUAUCAAAGCAUUGCCUAAUGAUUUAGAAGAAUGGGACUAGUUUAUUAUCCUGUGUUUUGAAACCAUAUUUUAAAAACCUGUGGAGAUGUGUAUAAGAAAAUAUUUUUUAAACAAUGUGGAGUUUGAAUGAUUUAUUUGUAUUUAAUACACAAUAUUUA